AUGAAAACACAAAUUCUCCUUGCUAUUAUUCCGUUAAUGUGCACGACUCUGGCCGACGGUAAUCAAAAUUAUCAAGACAUUUGCAAGGCCACUCCCCCAAAGUCGCAGGAGAAGAUUGAUAGCGUGACAUUCAAAUACACAUGCAAUUCCGGCUGCGACACUGCAAAUCUAGUCAAGAUUCCGGGAGACUUUGACCAUCCUGAUGACUGUGCAAAAGAAAUCGCCUCUUCCUCGGAAGAACUCAUCACCUGGGUACCUUGGGGUGCGUGCUGGAAGUGCACGGCACCUGGGUCAGGACCGGUGUCCUAUGACACUAUAGUGAUGGAAAAGGUCAAGGAGAGCCCCUUCGCUCCUCCUCCUCUGACCUGCGAUGAGAAGCUGCUCCAAUGCGAGGAGGACUUGAAGAGGUGUGGAGCAAGCCCGGGGGCUGGCGGUGGUAGUGGUUCCGGUAGCUCUGGUAGCGGCACUGGUAGCUCUGGAAGUGGCUCUAGUGGUGCUGGUUCUGGUACUGGUUCUGGCAGUGGUGCAAGUGGCGGUUCUAGCUCUACGCCAACAUGUGGCAAGGUCUAUACGCGCGGUGGUAAUGACUGGGACAUCAACUGCAACAAGAUUACUGGUGGUCCCAAAAAAAUUAAGGAGCCUGGCAAAAGUCUGCAGGAGUGUAUCGAUAAGUGUAUCGCUAAAGGAAAAGAAUGCGACACGGUCGGGUAUUUUAAGAGGAUAAACCAGUGCAUGCUAUUCUCGGGGACACCGGUGGCAACAAAGAACAAUUUGGACGUGGAUGCAGCGGUGAAGAAAUAG